GACAACAUCUUUAUGUCUUUUUUGCACUACAUUCAAAAUUAAAACAUAAAGACCACUUUUUAAAAGGCAACAAUUAUUAUUAUGACUAUUACAAUUUAUACUAAGUUUUCCAUUUGAUACCAUCAAAUAUUGCGACUGAACAUCAAAAUUAUCAAGUAUUGAACUAUUGUUACGUAAAUAUUUAUAGAAAUAUGACGUUACAUUAUUAUUAUGCUGCGACAAAAAAGAAUUACAGCUUUCAAUUUCAGUAUAUCUUUUAAUUAAUUGUGCUAAUGGUUUUUCAUUUUUUUGUAAUAGUUUUUUAAUCGAUGCUAUGUAAUUUUCAAAGCGAAAGCACUAAAGUUGUCUAAAGGACCGUAUGUUCUUACAUCAGAACAUAAUAAAUGUAACAGAUUAUGUAUAUUAUAUGACAUGUACUGUUUACCAUAUAAUAUUUCAAACGGCAUGACAAAAUGGUUAAGUAAAGUUUCAACGUAAUUUAUUAGUUCUUUAUCUAAAUUUGGACGUAUAAGAAUUGUUACUGCAACGUGGAGUGUGAGAAAGUGAAGAUAUAUGUCUUUAGUACAUGUCUCAAUACAAUAGGUCCUGUGUACAAUAAAAAAUUUCUGAACUCUACUGCUUUCCACCAACAAACAUCUUUUAUCGAUUUAGGUCUUUUAACAAAAUCAUUUGGUGUUGAAUUUUUAGGCAAAAUUAAUAAUUGUGAUAUUUUAUUGGUAGUUUUGAGACUUAAACGUACAGAAAGUGGACCCUUUAUCCAAAGAAGUAUCAAUUUUUUAACAACACCUAACAUAUAAGAUGCAUCUAAUCUAAUGGUGUUAUUUAUAGGCAAAAAUCUAGGAAUAUUAUUUAAGAUAGAGUAUCCAGUCUGAAAAUCUUUAUAAGCAUUAAUGAAAAAUAGUUCAUUUUUUCUACAAGGAUCUCUUCUUUUUUUUAUAUGGAAAACAAACUCUACCAUUUAUAUGUUUUCCUUUAAUUACACAUUUUGUACAACUAUAAAAACCGGUAUGAUCUUCUGUACAUAAGACAAAAGAUUUGGCAGGUGCAUCACAAAUUAAAGCAAACAAUCUAAUUUGGAUUAUAUUUCCGUUAUAAAUGAAACCACUACUGACAAAAUUAAUUAAAUCGUCUACUAAAGAUUGCAGAAAAAUAUUAUAAUCUGCGGGUUUUUUAUAGCCAAAAUAUGCACCAGUAAUGUAUACAGUCUUAUUUGCAGUAUUGGAGCAUAAAAUAGUCCACAAUGAUGCUUGAGAAGAUUUUGCUAAUGGCAAACCAUCAAUAUUAAUAAGUAAAUUAAUAUAUGUAUUUUUAAUAACUCCUCCGUCCUUUAAUAACUUUUUUUAAUAAUAUCAUUUAAAUCAAAUUUAAAGUGUUCUCCUUCACACAUUUUUAAAAUAUUGGUUUGUCGAGGAGUUUUUAAUAGUGUUUGUACAUCUGCGGAUAAGUUAUGUGAAGUAUACUGCUUUAAAAUUUUUAAUAAUGCAUCACAAGCUGUGUGACAAAUAUUAUAUGAUACAUGCAGUGUGGCGUUACGAGCGCUAGCGGCGGCACUGGUUUAUUCCGUUUUUGUGCACUCGCUUGCUCCCUCUCUCUCUUUCUCUCUAUCUCUCUCUCCGUGCAUGGCGUACCUGAUGCGAACGUUCGCAAGCGAUAGCGUAUUAUUUCUAAGUUUUAUUUGAUAAGAUUUAUCUAUUUCUUAAUCAAUCCUCCGGGAUCAUUAGUGUUGUUAGCUCGGGUACCUGUACUCGUAUUCGCGUAGACUCUACUACUUUUGUACAGUAGGCCUAUAAGUCCCCGAGAGCUAACCUCGAAUCAUAGCUGUUGAGGCUCGAGCUGUAAGCACGCGAUCACGUCCACGUUCUUGUGGGUUUAAUUGUUUUAGAGAUUUCAAUAAAGCAAAACUAUUUUAUUUAAAGCUUAGUUGCUUAAACAUUCAUUAUAACUCUCCAUUUCCCGCCAGUCGAGAUACGUCAGUGAUUGGCUACCACGACAACAUAGUAGCCACAGUUGGUGACCCCGACGUGGUCACGGCGCGUUACGCUGUAAAAAAAUUUUUUCAACUUAAUCAACGCGUACGUGUAACGAUUAGUCAUAGCUAGUGGCUCAGGCGACCCCCCAUCGGGCGACCAAGAGAACAGUGAAUCGUCGCGUGUAAUAGAGGUUCCCGCGCUCGCGCGAGUCGGUAUUAGAUCCACGCCGUUUUGGAAAUCGAAGCCGGACCUAUGGUUCGUGCAGAUGGAAGCUCAGUUCCUUACUGCGAAUAUAACAGUAGACGAUAUGAAGUAUAAUUACGUGAUACAAUGCCUCGACGAAGCUUGUUUAGCUGAGGUUAGCGAUAUUGUGCUUAAUCCUCCCGCGACGGACAAAUAUCAUGCGCUUAAAGACAGGUUAAUUAAAAGUUUCGCGGACAGCGCCGAAAAGAAACUGCGUAGACUAUUAAACGAGAUCGAUCUAGGUGACCGCCGCCCGUCGCAAUUAUUUAGACAAAUGCGAGACCUUGCACAAUCCGGCGUAUCCGAAGAAGUGCUUAAAUCCUUGUGGCUACAACGACUACCGCAACAAGUGCAAGCCAGCUACCAAGUACGACCUUGAAGAAUUAUCGCAGCUAGCGAAUAGAGUAACAGAUGUGUUACCCGCCGGCAUUAACGUGGUCACGGCAGCAACAUCCAAGCAGACUCUUCCAACGGAUCCGCAAUGUUCGCAGAUUUCCGCGCUUAUAGCUAGAGACUCAUGCUUCGCGCAGCCGUUCACAAACUCCGCAGGGUUCUUGUCGCGGAAGUUAUUCAAGAUCCAGUUCAGGGAGCCAAUCCGACAGCUGCUGGUACCAUCGACGUUUUGGCAGCAAAGCCAACAGGUGCACGAAGCCGUGCGGUUGGAAACCAGCCCCACAGGAAAACUAGAAGCCGAACUGCCUCAGGCGGCAGGUAGUUUGGCCGUGGCAGCUCGCCGUCUCAUAGUUAGAGACCAUUAAAUUUUUGAUAGACACCGGGGCGGACGUCUCGACUCUCCCCCCGUCUCAAGACGCGACCAGUCGAAUCAGAGCGAUCAUGUAC